AUGACUUCUCUACAACUCAGAUCCGAGCUGUUUGUGCUGGAUACGCCUCCACGUCAUGGUUUGCCUGGACUUAAGAUGACCGCCAAACGAUACUAUACACCUUUUUCAGACUCUCGAGGACUGACACUUCUGUUUGCGCAUGGAGUGGGCGCACACAAGGAGCAUUGGGAGCCGAUGCUUCGGUAUCUGUUCUCCCACCAGAACUUGGAACAGUCGUCCAAUCGUAUACGUGAAGCCUGGUGUUUCGACUGGUUGAACCAUGGGGAUGCCGCUAUAAUCAACGAGGCUGCACUCAAGCGCCGCCCGCCGGGGGAUGUUUCUAUAGCGGAAUGGGCAGCAGCAAUUGCAUCCUUUGUGAGAUCACCGUUUCUCAAGGGACACAGACUGGUUGGCUUUGGACACUCGGCGGGUUCCAGUGCGAUAAUACUCUCCACACGCGCAUUUCCCUUGCGGAAUCAACCCUUCAUUGCGGUGUUUUUGCUUGAACCUUCGAUGCUUUCGCGCGAAUUGUGGAUGUCUCACUUGCUGGAAGGAGAGACAUUAAUGAGAAGGAGCACCCGUGCUACUCUUCGUCGGCGUAAUAUGUUUAACACUCGGGAAGAGGCUGCCAAUUACUUUCGAGAACGGAAGCCAUGGACAGGAUAUGAUCCUGAUGUAUUUGAUGUUUUCACACAACACAGUUUUCACUCAGUUGUCAUACAAAAUGGCAGCGAAGAGGAAACCAAAGUCACUUUUAAAUGCGACAUGCAUCAUGAAGCGCUUGCUUAUCAGGACAUCGAAAGCCAUUUUGAAGCUACUGACCAGUAUACCCGCGUUUGCCGCGUGGUUCCUGUACACAUUGUGUUCGGAACCAUUCACGAUUACGUUCCAUCUUAUUACCAAGACUGCAUGACGGACGUCUCCCAGGGGAGAUCUCCGGCAUCUGUAAGAAGGGUCCCUGGAGCUGGCCAUGGCAUACUUCAACAAGCUCCCGAAGCCCUUGCAAGGGCAAUAUCUGUCGGCCUGAAUUCAAUUACGACGGAUUCGACCUCGCAUCUCCUGCAUCGACUGUGA